CCGACUCCUCCUGCUUCCGCUGGUGGUGCAGGACGGCGCCCUGUUCCUGCAGUUUGCCCCUCUGUCGUCGCCAUGCCGCUGGAAAACCUAGAGGAAGAGGGUCUGCCCAAGAACCCCGACCUGCGCAUCGCGCAGCUGCGUUUCCUGCUCAGCCUGCCCGAGCACCGCGGGAACGCGGCGGUGCGCGAGGAGCUGAUGGCGGCCGUCCGGGAAAACAAUAUGGCUCCUUAUUAUGAAGCCUUGUGCAAAUCCCUCGACUGGCAGAUGGACAUGGAUCUCCUCAGUAAAAUGAAGAAGGCAAAUGAAGAGGAGUUGAAACGCUUGGAUGAGGAGCUGGAGGAUGCAGAGAAGAAUCUGGGAGAGAGUGAAAUUCGAGACGCAAUGAUGGCCAAAGCGGAGUACCUCUGUCAGAUAGGUGACAAGGAGGGAGCUCUGACAGCCUUUCGCAAGACAUAUGAUAAGACUGUGGCCCUGGGUCACCGACUAGAUAUUGUAUUUUACCUCCUAAGGAUCGGCCUCUUUUAUAUGGAUAAUGACCUCAUCACUCGAAACACAGAAAAGGCCAAAAGCCUAAUAGAAGAAGGUGGAGACUGGGACAGGAGAAAUAGGCUGAAAGUGUACCAAGGUCUGUACUGUGUGGCUAUCCGUGACUUCAAACAGGCUGCAGAGCUCUUUCUUGAUACGGUUUCUACAUUUACAUCCUAUGAGCUCAUGGACUAUAAGACAUUUGUGACUUACACUGUUUACGUCAGUAUGAUUGCGUUAGAAAGACCAGAUCUCAGGGAAAAGGUCAUUAAAGGAGCAGAGAUUCUUGAAGUGUUACACAGUCUUCCGGCAGUUCGGCAGUAUCUGUUUUCUCUCUAUGAAUGCCGUUACUCAGUUUUCUUUCAGUCGUUAGCGAUCGUGGAACAGGAAAUGAAAAAGGACUGGCUUUUUGCGCCUCAUUACCGAUACUACGUAAGGGAAAUGAGGAUUCAUGCAUACAGCCAGCUGCUGGAAUCAUAUAGGUCUUUAACCCUUGGCUAUAUGGCAGAAGCAUUUGGUGUGGGUGUGGAAUUCAUUGACCAGGAACUGUCCAGGUUUAUUGCUGCUGGAAGACUACACUGCAAAAUCGAUAAAGUAAAUGAAAUAGUAGAAACCAACAGACCUGAUAGCAAGAACUGGCAAUACCAAGAAACCAUCAAGAAAGGAGACUUGCUGCUAAACAGGGUUCAGAAAUUGUCCAGAGUAAUUAACAUGUAAAACUAUUUAAAAAUGUAUUCCCUUACAGAUGUUCCUUGAAGCUUUCAAAAAUUUCUUCAUUGUGUGCCCACUUCAACAGCAUCAAAUAAAUAUGCCAUUGUUUCUUUGUUUAA